ACAGGAAACGACGCAGGCAAACUGUGGGAGGUGGAUGUUUUGAAAGUGGGAGAGGAUUCAGUGUCAGAUGUUCGAGGAGGCAGGCCUGAAAACAUUCCACGAAUUUUCGAAUUCAAUCCUUAUAAGCAAUCGGUACAAACCGACUCUCUUUUCAUCACCCCGUGACGAUUUUCCGUUACGUUCUCAUCGGGGCCUUGUAAUGAACCGCGACAGAGGUGUCAGCUUCUCCACAACAGAAGAAGUGUACGGCUGUGUUCCGGAUUGUGCGGCGCGAAGAAUUCAGAGUUGCCGACUCCGAUAGCGGCACCGUUGAAGAUUAGAGCUAGGACCUCGAGUUUCUGGGAAGCAGAAGAUGGACGACCUCUCACCCUUGGGGGUCUUCUUAGUCAGACGGGAUGCCAACGGGCAUCGACUCCUCUUCAAAUUCCCGUUCCAACCCCCCAAAGAUCCGCGAUCAAAUUCUCACCCCAAGAAUCCGUACGCCAUUGAAGAAUCCGAGGAGAACUUCUUCCAAUCCAAGAUGUCGAGCACCGGGGAUGUCCUCGAUGGGAAUUACGUCAAAAUCACCGAUGAGUCCAUAUCGAACCUCUUCGCCUGUCAACAAGGUCUCUGCAAUCAGAAGUUCGAAUUGAAGAUCAACAAUGUGCGGUUCGUCGGUCAUCCUAUAACAUUGCAAACCAGCGUCGACGCCUCGAAGCCGAGCGUUGAUCAUCAAGAUCUAUCCAAUCAGAUGCUGAAUGUUGUAUUCGCUCUGAAAGCACAGGCCAGCCAUGAAAUCGUCCAUCAAUAUCACGAACUCAGCAAGAAAAUAGCCACUUCCAUCUGCAAGGAGGAAAUGUCGUGCCGGUAUUUCACGGAACAAUGUCGCAGCAUGAUCCAGAUCCUCGACUACGACGGUAACGAAUCGGAUAUAUCUAACGAGGAAGACAAUCGGCCGACAUCGUUCGAGCGCAUUCUUCGCGAAUGCGACCUUGCCAGAGUUCUGCAGGCAGCGUACGUGGCGCUAUGUAAUUCGGGAGCGCUCUAUCUGAAGAUCAACGGGCGAAAUCUCACUCCGUUCUGUGUCGUGCACAAAACCCACAAACUCAACGCACCCUCCACAUCGGCUCACACCGAUGUACUUCAGAAGUCUAUGGAUCAGAUUUCUCAGCACAUCAAGCCGUAUCAUGCGUUGCUCUUGGUGGUGACCCCCGAAGAACUCCUGAAGCAAUUGUCGAGCGAUUAUCGGCGAGCUCUCGAACGAUUGAUAAAGUGUGCCUCUGCCACGAAGAACAUGAUCGAGUUAGGGUACGAUACCGACAUCGUUCUCGACACCGUGUUAGAGCUCGCCUUCCCACUAGUCUAUUUCGCUCAUGCAAUUGUGAUUUUCCCGGUAAAACAAACGAAUCGAUACGUGGUCGCACCAAACGGUCCCACGAAGCUCCAACACCCGCUUGCCGAAGAGUUUUCCGAAAAGUUUCCUCACACCUCGCUGGCCUCAACGUUGGCUGAGUUCUCCUACCCUACGAGUAUAAAUCAAUUGUACAGCCCCCAGCUGCACGAGCCGUCUCAUCAGCAAACAAUACAAGAUAUCAUUGUGUGGUGUCUCCAGAAACGAAUCCUCAUGCAGGUCCAUCAUUAUGUCUACUUGGUCCUGCCCGACGAUUCGCCGGAGAACGCUCUUGUCUGGCCCAGUGGGUCUUCGACUCUCAGCGAUUAUCGCGAGAGUUCCUUGAAAGCCGACAAGGAAAAAGAAAAAGUUCCCGAAGACAUGUACUCGGAACUACCCCUCAUCUGGAGGACGAUGAAAGAUCGUCAGAGGAAAAUGAUUGAAGAGCUACCUGCCUUCAAAAAUCCUCAGGAUCAAGAGACGUUCCUCAAGCUGUUGCCAUUCUUCGACGGUAAGAACCAUGUCGAGCACAUGAUGUAUUGCGUGAAUGUCACACGAACGAGGUUGUACGCCCUGCUGAAGAAUUUCCAAGAUGUUCUAGUUACCGUUGAGCACGCUGACCCUGCGUUCGAAAUAUUUUAUAGAUGAAUCCCCCCGGGAAGUUUUGACUCGAAUGUACAGAACGGAAUGAACUCGCGAAGAAUCACGACGAAACUAAGAUAAUUAUAGUAGGAUAGCUAAUGCUCAUUAUCAUAGUGGUCAUCCUGGAAAUAAAAAUGAGAAAGUGAGCCCGUG